UUUUUCUUAAAACUAUUGUUCGGGUUUGCUGUAAAACGGCAAUGGCUUGAUGCUUUUAAAGAGGCAAUUCAAAUAAGCCGACCCAACAAUAGAAGAAAAAAUUGUUCUUCAAUAGGAGGAGGAGAAAAUAUUGGGGAAAAAUGGGAGAAGAAGCAGAGGAACGUCAAGAAGAAUCAAUUCAAAACCCUAAUCCAAAUCGCAUUACACAAACCCAAUUUCUUUCCUGGAAACGCCAAAAGGACGCGGAUGCAUUAGCUAGAAAGGCUGAAGUCUCAAGAAAGCGUGCAGAGGAUAUAGCUGCAGGGGCAGUGCAAAUGAAUGGUCGUGAACUUUUCUUGCAUGAGCCCUGGGUCUUCGAUAACUCCCUUUACUGAUGUUGUUUUUCCAGUAAAAAUAUCUUCCAAUGUAAUUCUAUUAAUGUAGUUAUUAUUAAGACAACUAAAUUUGAAUAUUGUUGAUUAGUUGUGUGAGGACAGCACGGGUUGCUUGCUUGAAUCGAAUCUUAAAAUCUUUUAAGUUGUUUUUUCCGUUUAGUAUCCAUGUCAGUUAAUUAUGAAGGGGUGUCUGUCCUCUUGCAUUUUAAAGUA